CAAUAACUGCAUUAGGUCCAACUCGGGAUCGGGAAUAUUAUUGGGCUCUUCUUGUUGUAUAAAUGGAGCCCAUCCCGACAUUUUUGCAACCAGUCACAAUUUAAUCGUCAUAAACAGACAUCCGGUAGAGAAGAAAUUUUGUGUUCAAAAAUGUUCAAGGAAAUUGCCCUAAUCAGCUGCCUGGUGGCAGUAGCUCUGGCCAUGCCAGCUGUCGAAGUAGCCCCAAUUGCCAUUCAGGAUGAACCUAACAGCCCCGCGAUCGUUCUGGUGCAGCAAGCCGAGGGAGAUGACCUGGAGGGUGCCGAAACUGCCCAUCAUGGAGGCGGUGGAUUCCGAGGAGGAUAUGGAGGUGGCGGCUACGGAGGUGGAUAUGGAGGCGGUUUCGGUGGCGGAUUCGGAGGCGGUUAUGCCGCUGGAGGCUUCGGGGGUGGCUACGGAGGAUACGGAGGUGGUUUUGGAGGUGGAUAUGGAGGAUAUGGAGGUGGUUACGGAGGUCACGGAGGACACGGACAUCGCGGUCAUCACGGUUAAACGAUACGGGAAAUGAUUUGUUACACACGCUUCGAUCUUUUUCAAUGAAA